AUGAAUUGUUCACUUAACAACGGUCUAAAAAAAGCUAAGCGAGUGAGAAGCGCUUUCACAACAGAUCAAAUACACGGUUUAGAAAAAGAAUUCAAUAAGUUUCCAUACAUCGGUGUCGUCAAUCGUAAAGAAAUAGCAAAGUCUUUAAACAUAUCGGAAAGAGCUGUUAAAGUAUGGUUUCAAAACCGUAGAAUGAAAGAAAAGAAAGAUGCUUUCCAAAAGGAAUUUCAUAAUUACGACCAAAUUCAACUUGAUGCAAAAAAAAUUGUUAACGAUCAAUUAAAUAAUGUGAAUACUAUGAAAUUAAAUGACGAACAAAGUUUGAAUUUAACAUUACCACAAUGUCAUUCAAAAACAAGUUUUAGCCAAUUGUGCGUCUUGGAUUUGAUUGAAAAUAAUGGGAGAAAUGAAAAAGAAAACAAAAGUAGAGAUGAUGUAGUAUCAUCGCACUUAUUUCAAAACAAUACAGUUACAAGUAGCACCAACGAAGGUGAUAAUUCUAAUAAAUACGAAAGUUCCACCUUCAAUGCUGAUAUUAUGAAUACCUCGAACUUCGAAACGCAGAUAGAGGAGAAUCUCCCGUAUCAACAGCUUUUACCGUAUAGCGACUUUUCAUUACAAUACGGUCGAAAUCUUGUACCUCAGAACGAUCAGUGCCAAGAGAUCGAGUCCUUAACGUAUAAUUGGGAUGGAUUCAGAGCGACGUCAUCGCACAGAACCCAUAUCAAGCCUGAGAAUAACCAAACACAUUUUUACUGUUUCGCCAGGGAUAAUUCGGAAUAUAGCUAUAAAAUACAAAACUCGGUGAGAAGAACUGAAGACCUGCCAUUUAUGAAACUUCACACUGGCAAAAAGUGUCGGCGCCAUUUAAUAAAUCAAAGUUCACAACAUUUUAUUACGAAGCGCAAACAAAGGACUGUUUUUAAUACGAAACAAAUAUUAAUGUUGGAGAAUAUUUUUAAGAAGAAUCCAUACGUAAACAGAGAAGAGAGAAAAAUGUUAAUGGAUAUGUUAAACGUAAGCGAUCGAGUAAUAAAGGUGUGGUUUCAGAACCGUCGUCGAUUAUCAAGCAAAAGAGAUAAAGAACUAUCAGAUGAUUAUAACUCAGAUUCAUCUAUGGAGGAAAAUUAUUCGAAUUUGACUUUAGAUUAUGUUGAAUCGAAAAUAAAUCAAGCUGAUGAAUUCGGGUAUGUGACGUUGGAUGACAGAGCAAUGAGAGAAUUAAUAACUGUUAUUGACUCUCGUCUUACUAUCGAACUUGAUUUGGAUGAGCCUUGCAAGGAAUUUAAGGAUGAUACCUCUAGUACAAAUAUAAUUUAUGAGCCUAUUUCACCAGUAAGCAUGCAAGAUGGUGAGGAAGAUGAACAUAUUUGUGCAUCUCGUUGGCAGUCUCACGAACCCGAAGAGUCCUUAAGACGUUUAUUUGAUGUACAAGCUUUUAUAACCAAGUGA